UAGAAAAUUCAUAGUACAAAAAUUUUAGAAAAAUUUCACAAGAGAUCAAAAUUAAUAGCUGAAUACCCAAGAAGCAGAAAAUCUCUUGACAAAAGGUUUUACAGAUUCAUACAAAAUUACUGUAACUAUUUUACAAAAAAUGUGAAAAAAUUGGAGACAACUUGUUAAGUGAACCUUCAGUAAAAAGUUCAUACAAAAACUACAAAGUUGUCAUCUUUCAAUAUAAGGUCAUACUAACAAUAAUUCAAAGGAUGCUUUUAAAUUAGUGGCUUGUUCGCAUAGAAAAUUUUAUAGAGGGAAAUAUGAUACAGAAAUAAAGAAGAAAUAUAUUAACAAGUUAAAUCUUUUAUCAUUCUAAAUUGGAACGAAUUACCAAUUUUUGCUCCAGGAAAUGUGUGUAAAAUAUAUCUGGCUAUAUAGGCACUACUCAGUCAGACUGGUAAGGUUUUUAGAUUGGUAAGAUUGCCUAUGUUCACAUUUUUUUAUAAGGUUCUGGCUAAAACAGCUGACCAUUUUUUCAAUUCAGUUGGGGAAAUUAAAAUAUCAAGUGAAGAGGCAAAUACUAAAAAACUACUUACAUGCUAUGAACUAUGAAACAAAACUAGCUUAUUUAUAAUCUUAUGCAAAGCUGACAAGGUAAAGGUCUAUUUAUCCAUUAGCUACAAAUGUAUAUGCAACAAAUGUGAAACAGAUAAGUUAAUUUGAAGCUGAACAGGCUCAAUAACAGACUUUUUGUGCAGCAGCAUCAGGCCAAACUUGAGCUUAAUUUGUUACUGUCUGUAAAUCAAUAACUUGUCUCAUUCUUGUGAAGAACAAAAAUCAAGUAUGAUGAUUAAAUUUCACUAUGAAUUGAUUGGAUUUCCGACAACAAAGACUAAAAUUGACGUAAAAUUUGUCUAAUUUUAUUAAAAGUUAAUAGGUAAAUAAAAAUUGUUACCACGAUGCAUGUUAUCUUUGUUCACAAAACUUAAGGGAUGGCUUUGCCCAGGACAGACUCUAAAACCUUUACAACGACCUUUGCAACGGUUGUGCAAUAGGUUUUCAACAUAUGGUAUUUGUCGGCUGUCAUUAGCGGUCUGUUAUGGCCUACAAUAUCUGUAAUAGGUUUUCAAUAAACUACAAAGAAAUGGUUAUCGUUUAGUUAGUUUAACAGAUGCAAAAGGGCACCAAUCAUUCCCAAAUUCCCCUCUUUUACACAACGUGCAUGACUCGACAUGUUUUGCAGGACAAGAUGUGGGUGGGAAUCUGCACCAAACUUAUGAAGCUUAUGAAAAAAGGAAUACGAUAGCCUAAUGCCUUUUUAUUCACUUGUUACUCCAAACGAUAUUAUUUAUUUGGUUGCCAAUUUUCAUUAUCAAGCUAGAGCUCCAAAUUUACGAAGGUAACGAAAACAGUCAGCCAUUAUCCUUAGGCCAAAUUACCGACGAAAGGAUUAUCUGAGUUUGUGAAGAAACGGGUUAUUUCUUACCGAAUACAGAAGACUUCUUAGAUAACUAUCACAGCAAAGAUAUCAACAUCGCAAGAAUAAGAUUUCAAAUAGUAUUCUCCAUUAUUCCACUCGUCUCAAACUUCGAUCCUAAAAACGGUAAGUUCUCGCGGCGAUCGUCAACUAGCAGUGGAAAUCCAACUAAAACCGAAGAUUCUCGUAUGUUCCGAGAUCAUUCGUUAAACGAAAAUUUGAGUAUAUGUACCGACUAGAACCGAGUUCGAAAAUAGAAACACCAAGUGCUCAUGACAACAGCCAAACUUCAAACAACAAGACAUGUGAUUGGUUGAUUCCCAACUGCGUCACAAUCAAUUGUCGGGAUUAACAAACGAAAACCAUGAGAACGACCGAAAUAUUAUGAAAUUACCUCGAUCCUAUCACAAAUUGACGUCAGCAGACGUCAAUCGAAUCCUGCUCUACGAUUGGUUAAUCGCCGAGUAGCGAGAGUUAAAAAACAAGUGCGAGAACUUGGAUGGUCAGAAGCGAACAAGCCUCGGAAGUGACGAACGGACGACGAGAGGUGAAUCACUUUGGAAGAGCGGCGAAAGAAAAUAAUAUAACGGAUAUUACCAAGAAUACUAACUUAAUGUUUGCGGCAGUAGAUGAUCACGUGUGUGAUCCAGCAUCAAUGUUUCAGGACACUUUUAGUUUGUCUGAAUUUAUCUUGGGGCAACAAGAGGAAAACCAUCAAAUGCAGUCAACAUUCCCCCAAAUGUUGGAAAAAAAUUUAAUCAAAGAAGAGCUUGAUUCUGAGGAAGAAUAUCAUGCAACAUUAUCAGAAACCUGUCAAGAGUCAGCGAUGUCAUUGACAUACAGCCCUUGUAGUUAUGUGCGCCCAAACACUUUACCAGCAAGUCCGGCGUCUUGCUCAAGUGGUUGCUCUGGAUCUUCACCAACUGGAUACCAGCCUCCUAUGGCCUACGCCACUGACAGUUGUGGGCAAAAUCGAUAUUUAUGUGCACCUUUGAACGAGAGCACUCUGCCCUAUGCUGUUUACAUGGGGUAUCGUAGCAGGGAAAGAAAGCGGGACGACGAUCUUUGUUUUGAAGAUAGAGAAAAAAGAAGGGUACGAAGAGAAAGAAAUAAAAUGGCAGCGUUGAGAUGUCGAACAAGAAGAAGAGAGCGAAUCGAGACCCUGGAGCAAGAGACUACGGAGCUCGAGAGACAAAAUAAUGACGUCGAAAACGAAAUUUCAUCCUUACGCCUGCAACUCAAACAACUCGAACAACUGCUAAAAGAUCACAACUGUCCUCAUGGCAUAAUUGAUUAAUCCUUUUGUAGGCGAAACGAUAAUUUUCGCUGUGGUUUUGGUUAAGAUGUGACCAGAGAAAAGCUAAGCCAGGAAUUAUCUUAUAAGCAAGGUCAAUCUUGCGUUCGAAAAGAUUGCAUUGCGUAUAGAUUGAAAGUUUGCCUGUCUCGAUAUUUUCAUGGCUGAUAGAUUCAAAAACUUAAACGACCACCUUUGAAAAAUCAGGGUAAUCCUGAUAAAUUGAAAUACUUAUUUUCAUUUUUUCAAAGGCAGUGGCUGCUGGCGGGCUUUCUGCCUCCCAAAGAAAUGUAGAUUUAUCCUUUGGUUCACCCUUCAACAGGCACUCAUUCAAAAUAAGGCUGCAGGUGGAUUCUAGUUCCUCGUUAAUCAAUCUCUUGCUUAGCUCUCUUGCUGAAAUCCUAGCCAAAAUUUUUUAACGAAAUAAUCAUAUUGUAAAAUACAAUAAUAACUGUUUAACCAUUUUUUUGGUAGACGAUGCAUAUUAUAUUUAGAUACAAACCGCUUUAGCUUAGUCUAGUUUCAAAAUUUGUAGAUUAUAUAAUAAAGAAUAGUAAAAUGAAAAUAUUUUGACGCAUCUUAUUUAAGAAAAGCAUGAUUUAGAUGGCUUGAGAGAUUAUUUAUACUGCUAUGCUUUUUCGAUGGUAUUAGAAAGUUAAUUCAGCAAUGAAAUUGCAUAAAUAUUAUACGUUUU